AUGAAGAUCCUUUACCUUCUCUUUGCUGUCUUCUUAGUCUUCAUCCAAAUAAUUCCAGGUAAGAGAUGGGUGGAUAAUUCUGAGGUACAGAGUCCAACAGUAGGUUUAGAGGUGAUUCUAUAAACUGAGCAGCAUGGAGUCAUUCAGCUGUGAAUUACACUGUAUUUAAUAAAUGUUUUUUUCCAUGUAAGUGUGCCUACAAAAGUAGAGAGCUACCACUCACUUCCUUGCAGCUGCAGGAACUGCAAUCCUCAGAUAAAUUGGCUUACUGAGCCCAUGUCAGUCCUGCUUGUACAAUGUUAUUUGUGCAAUGUCUGUAUAUUUGCAAAGCUAAACAGGGUCCAGUAUGGUUUCAAAUUGGAUUGGGGGGGGCUACAUGUUGACAUUCCUGCAUUACAGAGGGUUGGACGAGAUGACAGUAAGAGUAGUUCUACAGUGGAACGGUCUCCCUCCGGAAGUUGUGGACUCUCCUUCUUUGUUUUAAGUAGAGGUUGGAUGGCCAUCUGUCCUGGAUGCUUUAGCUCAGAUUCCUGCAUUACAGGGGGUUGGACUGGCUGACCUUUGUGGUCUCUUUCCAACCCUACAAUUCUUUGAUUUUUAUGGUCCAUGAAGUCCGUUCCAACUCUACAAUUUGACGAAUCACUGAUUGUAUGUAAGCAAACCCCAAUAUCUUGGUUGGGGGGACAUAAAAUCAUGGAAAGGAAGGGUGGAAUGAAGUAUCCUGGCACAGGGCAUGGCCUCCUUCUGGAAUCUUGAGCAGGAGCCAACCCACAAUGCAACAUUUUGUUGCAGGUCUCAUCAAUUGGUAAUUUAUUAAGAGCACCUCUGAGGGCAGGGGAAACAACCUUUCUUCCUUUUAAGAACAUUAACAAGCCAUGAUCGCAUGAAAGCAAAACAGGAACAGAAGUGCCUCCAGCACUAAAGUGGUUUGCAUAGCUCAGGAGAGGGCAAGCUUCUUUCUCUGUCGAAGGACGAGGGUGUGAGACUAGGUAUUGCAGGCCAGUAGCAUUCACAAAAAAGUUUUCUGCUCUGCCCCCCUGCAUCUCCCCUACUCAGCUCCUACAAGCCAACUCAGGAGGUUCUUUCCCUUUCUCUUUUUUUAUUGUAAUAGGAAGGGCUGGAUAUCCUGCAGAUGAUACCAUGGAAUGCAGGCUUGCACGAGGUUUCUGUAAAUAUGGACAAUGCCCUCCUAGGACAGAACAUACUGGGGGAACAUGCCAAGAUGGACGUCUACUGUGCUGCAAAAGGUAAUGCAACUGUCACCAGGAUGGUAUCGGGCAGUGUGGUGGCAAGGUUAGCAUAGUUGAGGCAUACUGCUGGGGGCAUCAGAUUGGCUCCACCAGUGUGCCUGGACGACCCCAACUUUUCCACUGCCAUGCCAUCGCCUCUUGCUUUCCUGAUCUGCAGCAGUGAUCUUGCUGCCAGGAAACCAGGUUUUGGGCACUGCGCCUCCCCACAUGGGUCUUAAUACAAUCAUGCUUUCAGUUGGACCAUUCCAACAUUCUUUCCAUUCAUUCAUUCAUUCAUUCAUUCAAUCCAUCCAUCCAUCCAUCCAUCCAUCCAUCCAUCCAUCCAUCAAUAUCUGUAUCCUGUCUUUCCACCAAUUUGUCACCAAAUUGUGCUCAGGACAGCUAAAAGCAGUAAGAGAGAGAACAAAGCAUACAAGGUAACCAUGGAAAACAUCAUUGUUGUUGUUUAGUCGUUUAGUCGCGUCCGACUCUUCGUGACCCCAUGGACCAGAGCACGCCAGGCACUCCUGUCUUUCACUGCCUCCCGCAGUUUGGUCAGACUCAUGUUUGUGGCUUCGAGAACACCAUCCAACCAUCUCGUCCUCUGUCGUCCCCUUCUUCUUGUGCCGUCCAUCUUUCUCAACAUCAGGGUCUUUUCCAGGGAGUCUUCUCUUCUCAUGAGGUGGCCAAAGUAUUGGAUCCUUAGCUUCACGAUCUGUCCUUCCAGUGAGCACUCAGAGCUGAUUUCCUUAAGAAUGGAUGCGUUUGAUCUUCUUGUGGUUCAUGGGACUCUCAAGAGUCUCCUCCAGCACCAUAAUUCAAAAGCAUCAAUUCUUCAGCGAUCAGCCUUCUUUAUGGUCCAGCUCUCACUUCCAUACAUCACUACUGGGAAAACCAUAGUUUUAACUAUACGGACCUUUGUUGGCAAGGUGAUGUCUCUGCUUUUUAAGAUGCUGUCUAGGUUUGCCAUCGCCUUUCUCCCAAAGAGCAGGCGUCUUUUAAUUUCGUGACUGCUGUCACCAUCUGCAGUGAUCAUGGAGCCCAAGAAAGUAAAAUACGGUGCUUUUAUUCAAGAUCAGCCCCACCAGAUGAGCACUGAAUGGUAGAAAUGUGAAGAAUUGGUUGCUUUUCCCACAUACACUUUCCCCUACGCUGCGUCCUCUUUUGGCUUGAGCUUUUCAAGAGUUGCAUAAUGUUGGAUGCUGCUACUAUUAUGUCACGGUUCCUCUACUAUUCUAUGAUUCUGUCUCCAGUCUGCUGCUGUAAAGGGUUGAAAACAUAGCUGUCUGACAUAUAAACCCCUUGUCACCAACUAUAAUACUUGCAAGUCAUUGCCAUUCAAUUCCCACGUGAAAAUGCUCCCUUUUAUAUACCUGCCAACCAAGUUUUCACUUCACACGUCUGACAAAGUGGGCUAGAGUCUGUGAAGUCCAUUAUGCUGCAGUCAAUUAUAGCUAGUCUCCAAGACUCCAGUUUUUUUCCCUGCAAGAGGCUAUAAUGUCUACCCCUCUGCAAAUUCCUAAUUCUAGGAACUCAUCGAUAGAAUCCUAUUCAUUUGUACCCAGAAGUACAAAUGAAGUCUGGACUAGGAUGCCUGAAAAACUCCUUACUCCCAUCGUCAUUACCAAUGCAGACCAUAAUUGUGUGAGUCAAUAAUUAGAUAAACUGUCUCAGUUAAUAUGAGAUGAAGCAUAACCAUUACGUCACUGCCUCCUUUAUUUUGUCCUAUAGGGAGAGAUUAGAAUCAAGACAGCUCCUAACUUUAUCGGUAUAUCGUUGUUUUGGGUUAGGUUGUACGGCUGUAGAGUGUGGGAACUGUAGAGACUUGCCAUUUAAGAGUGUAUCAGACAAAGUAUGACCAGAGUUGGGUAUUAAUAAUCUGUCUUUUCUUUCGGUAGUCCUUGGAGUCAAUGA